AUAUCUGUUUACAUUGUCUGUCUACUUCCUUUACUCAUUUUUAGUCAUGAAGAUUUUUUGGGAAUGAUGGUUUUCAUGUAACAUCUGAUUAUGAGUUAGAAUGCUGAGUAAAAUUUUAAUUCGUCCAUAAUUUUGAAAGUUCAAUCUUUCAUUAUCAUGUAAAAUUAUAAAAAUAAUAUGCUGAGCAAGUAAUCCAUGCUAUCAUUAUUAUCAGUGCUUUUUGAUUUGGGUUGUUCAUAAUAUAGAAGAGGAAGUAUGUCGAAUUUUCCGAGUGCUAGCGUACGUUGGGCUUUUAAUGUGCGAGAGUGGAUACCAACUCGAGAUCAGUGGAGAUUGGCUAUGCAGUGUGUACAGAAGGAAGAAAAAGAAAGAUGUUAUAAGUUUGUUUUUGCAGAAGAUUGUAAAUCAUCAGUGGUUGGUCGUUUACUUAUGAGGAAAGCAGCAAGUGAGGCAUUGGAUAUUCAGUAUGACAAAGUAGUUUUUGCUAGAACGGAAUCUGGAAAGCCAUACCUAAUAAAAAAAAAUGGAGAAGACUUUUAUUUCAAUAUAUCUCACAAUGGAGAUUACUGUGUUUUGGCAUCUGAGCUAAAUUUCAAUAUUGGGAUUGAUGUGAUGAAAAUGGAGUACAAAGGUAGAUCUAUUACAUUACUUGAGUAUUUUAAUCUUAUGAGAAAACAGUUUUCUACCUAUGAGUGGGAUUUCAUUAUGUUACCUGGUCUAGAAAGGGAACAACUGCAGAGAUUUUAUCGUUUAUGGUGUUUGAAAGAAAGCUAUGUUAAGGCAACAGGUACAGGUAUUGCCUUUGAUCUUAAGACUUUAAGUUUUUCUUGUACAACACCUUUCUUAAAGCAGAAUGUGAUUACUGCAGAUACAAAGGUUUAUCUAAAAGACAAAUUUUAUUCAGAAUGGAAGUUUGAAGAAACAUUAUUAGAUGCCAAUCAUUGUGUUGCUGUUGCUUUGGAGCUCACACAGAUGAAUGUUCAGCAUGUGAAUCAACCGAUGAAUUUUACCUUUUUGACAUUUGAAGAACUAGUCAGACAUAGCAAACCAUUUGAAACAGUCACUGAGAGCUUUUGGGAAGAUUUUAAAUCUAAGCAGAAGAAGUACUAAUGCUUUAUUGGAAGUAAAAUGUUGUAUAUAUCCUUUUUCACAGUUUUUGCUGUCAGAUUUUCAUUAUUGUACAUGAAGAUCCCAUCAGAUGCAUCACAGAAUAACCAAAUAUUGGAUGAUGCUAUUUGAAAUAAUGAAGAAAUGGAAGUUUUGUGAACUUACUUCUUUCAAAGUUCACUAUGAGAUUCACUUAUAAAUCAUUAAUCAUGUAUGACAUCAAAUUAUUUUUUAUUAUAUUUUGCUAUGAAUAAAAUAUUUUAUUACAUA